GGUUCUACCCCGACUCCAGGUGUCCGUUUUCCCCUGGGGUUCUGCUUCGGGCUUUGAACUAGUGCAUUUUCUUUGCAAAAGCCCCCUUUCUGAUGGAAACAUGCAGUGGUUAGAAAGGAAGAAAUUAUCUUCCUAAAGCUGACAUCAUGCCACUGGCUUACCUCAUCCGGGGGCUCCUUGCUGUUAGUGUCACCUCCUCAGCCACUGCAGGAUUCAGUUCAAUAGCUGAAAAUGAAGAUGCCCUCCUCAGACAUUUAUUCCAAGGUUAUCAGAAGUGGGUUCGUCCUGUACUAAAUUCCAAUGACACCAUAAAAGUAUAUUUUGGAUUGAAAAUAUCUCAGCUUGUAGAUGUGGAUGAAAAGAACCAGCUGAUGACAACAAACGUGUGGAUCAAACAGAGAGGAGAUGGAAUAGGCUGUUCUAGAGUGAGCACAAGGUCUAUAGGCUUUAGAAAUACCCAUGAGACCAGAGGCACUGAAACCAUGGAAUGGAUAGACUACAAAUUACGCUGGAACCCUCCUGAGUAUGGUGGAAUUCGUUCAAUUAAAGUCCCCUCAGAAUCUCUCUGGCUUCCUGACAUUGUUCUCCUUGAAAAUGCUGAUGGCCGCUUCGAAGGCUCCCUCAUGACCAAGGCCAUCGUGGGAUGGAACGGGACCGUCACUUGGACCCCACCUGCAAGUUACAAAAGCUCCUGCACCAUGGACGUCACCUUCUUUCCGUUUGACCGGCAGAACUGCUCCAUGAGGUUCGGGUCUUGGACUUACGAUGGGACCAUGGUUGACCUUGUUUUGAUAAAUGAAAAUGUUGACAGAAAAGACUUCUUUGAUAAUGGAGAGUGGGAAAUCCUCAAUGCAAAGGGGGUGAAGGGGAACAGAAGAGACGGUGUAUACUCCUACCCAUUCAUCACUUACUCUUUCGUCCUGAGGCGCCUGCCGCUGUUCUACACCCUCUUUCUGAUAAUCCCCUGCCUGGGGCUGUCUUUUCUGACAGUUCUCGUGUUCUAUUUACCGUCCGAUGAAGGAGAAAAACUUUCCUUGUCAACCUCUGUCUUGGUUUCCCUGACGGUUUUUCUUUUAGUCAUUGAGGAAAUAAUCCCAUCUUCUUCCAAGGUCCUCCCUCUCAUCGGUGAAUACCUGCUGUUCAUUAUGAUUUUCGUCACGCUGUCCAUCAUUGUUACUGUUUUCGUAAUUAAUGUUCACCACAGAUCUUCCCCAACCUACCACCCUGUGGCGCCCUGGGUGAAGAGGCUCUUUCUGCAGAAACUCCCAAAAUUACUUUGCAUGAAGGACCACGGGGAUCGCUACCCUUUCCCGGAUGGAGAGGAGAGUCAGCCCGCCGUGAAAGGGAGAGUCCCAGAGAAAAAGCAGCAGAUGCAGAUUAGUGAUGGGGAGAAAGUUCUGGCUGCUUUCUUGGAAAAGGCUGCUGAUUCCAUAAGGUACAUUUCCAGGCAUGUGAGGAAAGAGCAUUUUGUCAGCCAGGUAGUGCAAGACUGGAAAUUUGUAGCUCAAGUUCUCGACCGCAUCUUCCUUUGGCUCUUUCUGAUUGUGUCGGUCACAGGCUCCAUUCUGAUUUUCACUCCUGCUUUGAAGAUGUGGCUGCAUAGUCACCACUAGGAAUGAGGGUCCUGAGCAAUGUACCAUAACGACAAACUCCCUCAUAGAGCUGGCAGCCGCCUGGCCUGUAUAUACUAACACCCACAUGCACGUGCUCAGGUGGAGGGCCUGUGUCAUCCUCGGGGAAACUGAGCCCUGAUAGUUGUGGUUUUACCAUUAGAGUGAGUAGGGUUUAAGUAAACAGACUCUUCUCAGGCUGCGCCCUGGCUUCCCA